CAGCGCCGUGAGCCUGCGCAAAGAAGUUCUCAAAUCUGGCCGUCACCUGUAUUGAAAAGUUUUAUCAUAUAAUAUAAAGUGGGGAUUCGUGGACGCCCCCUAGUAGCAUGCGUGCGUCAGAGAACGUAGCGUCUUGCACGUAUACACUGUCAUGCCGAAAUCGCGGUAUUAGUUACAGAACUGGCAACGAAUCGAUGUAAACAAGUAUAAUAAAGAUGGUGAUGAUGAGUGGUUUUUUCUUUGUGACAAAUUAUCGCGAAUGAACUUUUUACAUAACUUUUACAUACUGUCCGGACAGAAACGGACCGAAUUUCGACCUUCGUCACGAUCAUCGAAACAUGCUGUUUUCAGUAAAGGUAAUUGCUUACGAUAAUAAGCAUGAACCGAUAAUAAAUUGUGAAAAAAAGUAUUGGAAUGAAUUUGGUUGGGAUAAACUUUUAUUAGUUUUUUGUGAAUUUGUUAUGCAUGUGAUAUGCUUUCUUUAUAAGCAGUCUGAAAAUAACGUGCAAAAUGUUUAGUUUUCAUAAGCCAAAGGUGUAUCGAUCUAGUACUGGAUGCUGCAUUUGUAAAGCCAAAUCAAGCAGUUCAAGGUUUACAGAUAGUAAAAAGUAUGAAGAUGAUUUUAUGGAAUGCUUUCAACUUGAGGAAAGAAGAACUGGAGAAAUUUGUAAUGCAUGUGUACUUCUGGUAAAAAGAUGGAAAAAGCUACCUGCCGGAAGUAACCGUAAUUGGAGACAUGUCGUAGAUGCACGUGCAGGACCUGGUAUCAAAUCAUUAACAAAAUUUAAAUCAAAAAAUAAAAAGAAAAUAAAAGAUAUACCAGAAAAGUUUGAGAAGAUUAUGAAAAAGAAACAUAUGUAUUUAAAAACAGAUAGAGAUCGAGAACAAAGUCCGGCAAUGAGUGAUGAUUUAACAGAAGAUUAUUUAAAUGGACAUGGUAGUAAAGGUUCAAGUCGAACUGGCAGUCCUAUGAGUAGUGAUGAUAUUCCAGUAACUGAAAAACAAUUAGAUAUGCAAGUUGACUCAGUAUCAAAAAAUGAUCUAACUGGUUUUAUUGAUUUAACAUAUUUUAAAAGGGAGAUCAUCUGUUGUGGAACAAUAUUCAGAGGUCCAUAUGGUGAAGUAGUAAUGGAUCCUUCAAUGAUGAAACCUUGUAUUCGUUGCUUAGCUAGACAACAACGACAACAACAAACAAAUGCAUUAAGUUGCAGUCCUGUGCAUAGUUCUGCAUCUGCUAGUCCUGUUCACAGUUCUGCGUCUGCUAGUCCUGCUCAUAGUGUAGAAUCUGGAACAGAGACAACAGUCUCUAAACAAACAAGCAAAACAUUUAGUGACUCAUCGUCAGAUUCCGGCUAUGAUGAAUCUUUCAACCAAGGAGUUGGUGAGAAAAUUAUUAAAAUUACUCAAAAUACAAGUACUACUGUAAAACCAGCAGUUAAACUACAACCAUUGAAAAGUGUUCAAUUAAAAGCUAUACCAGUAUCGGAAGCUGUCAGGUUAAAAACAGAUGUGCCAAUUAAAUUGGUACCUAUAAAACAAAUCGAGCAAUUAUCUUGUAAGCCAUUGUCCUUAGUUUCUCCUGCUAAUGUUACUUUAAGCAGUAGUACUUCACACUCCAUCGUUACCGUCCCGAGUAAUAAUCCACUUGUCGACUUUGCCAUGCACGCAGCCUCUUCCAGGCAAUCAGUCUCUAAUUAAUGUCAGUCUCUUAUAGAAUUUUAAUUUAUUUUUUUCUUAUAUAGUUAGAUAUAUGCUAUGAUGGAAAAUUGUGUGUUACAUAUGCUAAUAUUACCAUCUCAGAUUACAAAGGCUCUGGAUAAGAUUGUUUAUGUUUUAUCAUAUCGAGCGCAAAGAGUUUAUAAUGUUAUAAAUGGUGAAAAAAUGAAUUCUUGUAAUUAGAAUGACUGUUAUGAUGUACAGUAGAUAGAUAGUGCUCUUGGAAAGAUUGCAUAGGAUUCAUGUCCUUGAUCGUUGGUUGUUAAAAAAAUAUAUAUAUAUAAAUAUAUAAUUAUAUAUAUAAUAUUGUCUUUAUGGACGUGAGUUCUUGAAGUGUAUUCCACGUCUAUUAGAUGAUUUUUAAGAAUGACAGUUGAAAAAGAGCACAAUGUUUCUACUGAAUACCGUUUGUAGCAUAUAUAAAUGGUCAUAAACUGCCAUGCAUUAAUUGCUAACUCUCUACAAAUGACUCCAACAUGUAGAAAGUUACCAAUUAUUUUAUAAGUUUAAUAAUUAGCUAUGUACAUCAAAAUACUGUGAUGACAUUGUAAUAUAAUGUGAGAUAUAAGAUUAUUAUUCAACAAAUGGCAGUUUAUAGCAUCUUCGUACUAAGCAUUAAUUAAUGUACUCUAUGGUAUAAAAGUUUUCUUAUCCAUAGCUUUUCGUUUUCUGAAUUAUCAUUGCAAUCGUAUAUGUGAAUAUUUGUACAGAAGUUCCAUGAUGCCAAUCACAUUUCUUCAAACAUUUGGGUCCAAAAAUUUAAAAAAAAUUCAUUUAGGGUCAUGAUAGCUACAUUGUACCAGAUACAUUUGAUAUGAUCCAUAUAAAGGUCCAUGACGUUAACAUUAAGUAAUUCAACUUAAGAAACGAAUGUGUUCAGGUACUGUAAAUCCUGACCCAUUAAUAGCAAUAACUAUGAAGAGUAACUUUUUAAUAAAAUAAAUGAAGUCUGUUGAAUAGCAUCAUAUCAAUAUGAUGAUAUAUUUAGGCAGGUAUUAUUAGAGAAGGAAAUUGAACGAGAAUAUGGCAAUCAGAUUGGCAAACUGGACCAGCAGAACUUUGUUAUAAUAUUUCAGGGUGACAGCAGAGUUAAUGUAAAAAUAAUUGAUUAAUACAUUAAUAGAGUAUCAACAUAUGAAGUAAGUGUAUGGCUAAAUAAGUGAAAACUGUUAGUUCCUAGUUUUCAGAGAUGGGCACAUAAUCGAACAAAAGCACAUAAAAGUACCUGUUAGAAACAGAUUUCUGUGAUCAUUGGAAUAUUUGUUUUCUACUUUCUUUUUUUUCGUCUUUUUUGAUCGAUGCAUAAUCUUAUACGCACAAAGAUUAUCCAAAUUGACGUAUAUAUAUCGAACCCAGAAGUGAUCAUGAUAUUGUUAGAAACAAAACUCGAUAUAAUAAAAAAAAUUUUUUUUUUAUUUCUUCAUUUAGAGUCAAAACAAUCAUAAUUAUAAAACCAAAGA